AUGCCGCCCAGUGACAUCCUCAUUUCUUCGCCCAUGUCAAGUCCUACCAUGCUUGGCAACCAGGGCAAGAAGGCCUGGCAUGUCAAUCCCAUCGAUCUGACACACCAGACAUCGGCCGCCACCUUUGGUCUCCUCUCGGCGGUCGGGCCAGAUGCACACGCCAUGAUCGUCCUCGCCAACGCGGACGAUGGCCUUGUGUACGCCAACAUGUCGGCCGCCCCCGUGGGAUUUUCGCAGCCACUCGUGCCGGUCUAUCCCGGUAUCCAUCCGUCGGCCCUGGUCAUGACCGCCAUCUCCGCCCCACAUCCUGCGCAGGACUUGGUCAUGGUACUGCCAGGCGAGGCAGAGAGCAGUCCGGACACUCUCGCGUGGAUGGCCAAUACUCAUGGCAGCGGGCAUGAGUUGUCGACGCCCAUUCCCGUCUUCUCCAACGCCAGCAUGAGCCGGCCGAUCCUCGCCGACGUCGACGGCGACGGCCUCGACGACGUCCUCGUCUUCAGCUCUUCAUCACCUGCUGUCUGGCUUGUUCGCAACAAGGGCUCUGACGGUGGUCUCGACGCGCCAGUCCUCGUCUACCAAGGCCCGGUAGAGGCAACGGUCACCGCGAUUGCCGUAGGCCAUUUCCCUGGCCCUCGCGCCGACAUCAUCGUCGCCGUUGAAAACUCGUCCGUGCCGACUGCCUUUGUCGUCCGCGUUGUCCAGACUGCACCGAUGACCUUUGUUGUCGGCGAGUACAUCGCCGAGCCUGGCACAAUUGGAAGCCAGGUGCCUGACAUGGUCACUGUCCCGGCCCUUGUCCCAGACGGGCCCGACACGCUCAUCAUCUCAGCCUACACAUUGGCCAAGAUCUUCCAGCUGACGCCCACCGGAUCGGCGGCGUGGAACCGGACCACCAUCCCAAGCAAGACUGGCGCGGUUCGGCUUCUUGUCUCCAACCUCUUUGACUCGCCGUCUGCGCCUGGUCGUGAUCUUGCUGCCAUGGGUCUCAUUGCGGUCAUGGCCUACCCUGCCACCAGUGUCCCCACACCUAUCAUUCUCGCCGCAGUCGGCGCCGUCGUCGUAUGCGGCCUGGUGCUCGCCAUGGUCUUUAUCAUCCGCCGCCGUCGCAACAGCCAGCGCUUGGAGCGAUCCCCUCUCCUCGGCAUCAACCGCGGCGCCUAA